CUUCUUGAUAGUGGUUUUAAAAAGCAGGAAGCUGAUAUUGAUUCUCGGAAUAGGUAAUAUUCAUUUUUUAUCAAUAUUUAUCUGCAGGAGUAUUUUUAGCUAAUUUUUUGAUGUUAUUACAUUAACUUAAUUUUUCUCUUUUAAUUGAUUACAACUCGUUCAGCUGCUGCUGGAAUUGUGAGUUUAGUAAUUCUAUUGUUCUGCAUCAUAUGAAAACUUGCGCCAAGUGAUCGAUCCACAUUCUUUUGGAAGAACAAAACAGAGAGCAACCAGAAUGUUAAGGCCUUUCUAAAUAAUUAUGUGUCUCUUUCUCCAAAAAAGUACACUUAUUCUGACGUCAAGAAAAUGACCAACUCCUUCAGAGUUAAACUUGGUCAAGGAGGCUAUGGUUGUGUCUUCAAAGGAAAGUUAGACAAUGGAUGCCUUGUGGCAGUGAAGGUUCUAAAAGGGUUGAAAGGCAGCAGAGAAGAGUUCAUUAAUGAAGUUGCAACCAUUAGUAGGACUUCUCAUGUUAAUAUUGUAACUCUUUUGGGGUUUUGUUUGGAGGGUCACAAUAGAGUUCUCAUAUAUGAGUUCAUGCCUAACGGAUCCCUUGAGAAAUUCAUUUAUGAUGGGAAUUCCUUGGCAUAUCACCAAUUGGGCUGGGAAGUGUUAUACCAAAUUGCAAUUGGCAUUGCUCGAGGAUUAGAGUACUUGCAUCGUGGUUGCAACAUGCGAAUUUUGCAUUUUGACAUAAAGCCUCAUAAUAUUCUUUUAAAUGAAGACUUUUGCCCAAAGAUCUCCGAUUUUGGCCUUGCUAAAUUGUGCCCACAGAAAGAGAGUAUCGUAUCGCUGUUGGGUGCUAGAGGGACAGCCGGCUAUAUUGCCCCAGAAGUAUUUUGUAGAAACUUUGGGGGAGUUUCAUACAAGUUAGAUGUCUAUAGUUACGGAAUGAUGGUUCUCGAAAUGGUUGGAGGAAGAAAGAAUAUUGAUGUCGAAGUUGAUCGUACUAGUGAGAUAUACUUUCCACAUUGGAUAUACAAGCGACUUGAGCUAGAUGAACAACCUGGAGUGCAUGGCAUUAUGAAUGAUGAGGCAAAUGAAAGUGCAAGGAAAAUGAUUAUAGUUGACUUGUGGUGCAUACAAACAGCUCCCUUGCACCGGCCAUCAAUGAGCAAAGUGGUGGAGAUGCUAGAAGGGAGCGUGGAGUCCUUGCAAGUCCCGCCUAAGCCUUACUUGUCUUCUUCCCCAAGAUCACCACCAGAUUCUUCAACUACACUCGUGCCAUAACAUUGUCCUAUUCACAAUGCAUACUUCUAUUGCCAAGGUAAUGCACUACUGAAAAUUAGGUAAAUUCUCUCUCUUUAUUGGCUUUUGUUAGUGUGUGCCUGUUUCACAGUAGAAUUAAACCAAGAUUUAGAAACUAGUCUAGAACAGAUGCACCAGAUGUUUUGUCAAUUUGAUUGAAUCAGAACAAGGCAUUCAAAUUGGGCAAUAAGGCCACCCAAGGGGAUUAAUGCUCUCACUUGGACCAUAAAUUGUUCCAAACAUAGUACACCCCUGUUUUAUAGCCAAAUUUGGAGGUUAUUAGCAUUUUCCAUAUAUUCUAGAGUCUACCUUAUUACUCAAUUGAUAGAACUUGAAUGAAUUCUAAUAAAUAUGGAACUUUUGAGUCCCAAAAAUCUUUUUGACUCAGCCAAAACCAGUACCAAUGGUUGAGGAAGGUGAAUGUGAUCACUCAUUAGUCCAUUUGCACUAGGAAAAUAGUAUUCUUAUAGAAUUUUUAUGCAUAACUUUCACCAAAAUGAUGUAACUGGCAUUGUGGUAAUUAAAUAUCAUUUUAAUGAGCACUCUGUUUUAAAGUAAUAAGACCAUAUCAUUUUGUAUGCAACUUAUGAAUACUUUUCUGUUUUCAUUAAUCUUUUGCAGCACCUUGAAUUUGCUUUUGUACACAAUGUGCUGCUUUCAACAACUGUUGCAAAAAUAGGUUUUGGGAUGCGAUAUCGAAUGUCAUAAAAAACAUCAAUAAAACCCUCGGUAACACAAAUUAGUUUUAAGGAAAUGGUGUAAUUAUGUCCGACAGAAUUGUAUGACACAAUUUAUGGCAUGAA